CACGUCGAGAGGGAGCGGAAGUCAGCAUGCAACUGCGAGUCCAGGGGGGUAUAUCGUCGUCCACCAUGACGAGUAACGCAGUCGAACGCAGGGUCAGCGGAACCCGACUAUGCUCGCUGCACUCUUCCUUGUCUCUCUAGCGGCUAUAUCCGUCGUCCAGUCUUCAACUUUCCCCUCAGGCUGCGCCCCACCUACGUGUCGUGCCCUUUCAACAUCACCUGGCUGCAUCCUGCUACCAACAUCAGCUCUCCCGAAUCAGCCUGGAUACAGGGGCGCAAAGCUGUCGUCACUGCCGCGCUUGAGGGGUACAGUACCUCGGCGCUCUCAUAUGGGAGGGAUGCGAUGUGCAGGGUUAUGUGACGAAGUUGGAGGCUUAUGCGGAGAAUGUGCCUGUUAUCAGUCUGGCUAUGAGUGGGGGAGGGUCAGUCGCUACAUUCACUGGACUGGGUAUCUUCCAAGAGUUCACUCCCAUUACCCACCAGCUCGCCCAGCGCAUUGGCGGCCUGCUCCAAUCACAGACCUACAGGCGGCUCCUACCCGGUCGUCUCAUACAGCGUCUCCGGUUUCCCCACCACUGCCAACCUGCUGCUCGCCCGGCACCCAUCUGUCAAGCCCUAUUUCCCGGGGGACAACGCUAGCGUCAUCAACGAUUAUGAAGAUACGAUAUUUGAGCAGAUAGGGGAGAAGGCGGCAGCGGGAUUCCCCGUCGCUUGGCGGAUUAUCUGGUAG